UUAAAUAAAUAUUUUUAAUAAAUUUUUCGAGGGUAAAUUUAAAUUUGAAAUAAUUCGGGUAAAAAAUAAUUUACUUUUAUAAAAUGGAUGCCGGUAGUAUUUUAUGCCGGGAACGGAAUCAGAAAAUUAAGUGGAUAUUUGGACGGACUGAUGAAGAACCUGAUUUAUCGCCGGCGUUUGAAACGAUGAGUCAAAAAGUAAAUUUUCAAAUAAGAACGAGUAGACAUUUGCAGAAUAAUGAGUAUAAGGAAGAAUUUAAUGUGCAAAAGAUUGAAAUUAUGAAGCCGAAAGUUAAAGAGCCUUCUGGGAAUAUUACAGUGACAAUAAAAGACAAGCCAUUGUCGGCCAAUUCAAAAGAACGUAAUUAUGAAAUGAUGAAGAAAGUAUUUACCUGUCUUUUAAAUUUUGCUAAAGAGUCAAAACGUUUGAGAUUAUUGAAAAUUAAGCUUCAAGAAAAUUAUGCGCGAAAACAAUUGAAACGAUACUUUAACAAGUGGAAAAUGCUAGUUGAUGAGCUUAAAUUUUUGAAUAAAAAUAAAAAAAAAGAAUAUGAAAUUGAGGAUAUUAAAAAAAUAGAAUUAUUCGUUAAUGCUAUAAAAGAUAAACAGAAAAAUGUAUCAAGAGUUAUAAAUAAAAAGAGUAUAUCUGUUGAUACAAAGGAUUUAGUUAAUUCACAAGCUGAAAUAAAUAGCGCUAAUGUGUCGGAGUCAUUUGCAAAUCGUUUAAAGAUGCAGAAAAAAAUUAUUUCUGAACAAAGGUCCAAGUUGGCUGAGCAAAAUCGUCUUAUUCAGGAUAUGAAAUUACAACAGAUUAAAGUUGAAUCGAAACUAAGUGAGCUAGAGACGCUUAAUACAGCAAAAGGAACUUUUUCACACUGCAAAAAGAAAUCGAAAAAAAUUUUACGUCAAUUAAUGUUACGAGAAGGCAUUGAUUGCCAUGAAGUCGAACAAGUAUUGAGUGAUGGUGUACCGAAACCUAAUCCUCCGAUUUUUUUGGCUAGAAUGGAGGCGAGAGCUCAAGCGCGACGAGAACGAGUUGCUAGACGUGAGUAUGAACGUAAGAAAAAAUUACAAGAGCAAAAACAAUUGGAGGAAAUAAUGAAAAUGAAUGAGAGAGAGGCGGCGCGUAGAAAACUUGAGCUAGAGGCGCAAGAAAAAGCUCGACAGAUUCGUCGGCGUAGAGAAGAAGAACGGGAACGAGCUUUAAAUAUUGAAAAACUUAAACACGAUAUGCAGCGAGCUGAUGAUUUUUAUCGAAAGUAUUUACUCCGACGAUUUAUCAUGCGGCCUUUGAUUUAUUUUAUCCAAUCAGUACGUAAUGAUAUGAUUAAAGCUAAGAUACAUUAUCAUAAAUCUAUUCUUCGAAAAGUAUUUUUAAAAUGGAAAACUGAAACUGAAAGAGAGAUUGAAAUAAAAACAGAAGUUUAUGUUGAUAUUUAUCAUAGAAACCUUACCUGGAGGAUUUUUGAAAACUGGCUGAAAUUAACAAGAGACAAUAAAAAUAAAUAUAAGAUCGCUGUUGAGCAUUAUAACAAUCGAUUGAAAAAACAUUAUUACGAUAAAUGGUUGGCUUAUACAUUGUCAAUGAAAAUUAUCGAUAACAAUAAUCAACAAGUGGCUAUAAAUUUUUACAAUGAAAAAGUAAAAUAUAAUUAUUUUAAUAUGUGGAAAAAAUAUUUACGAGUUUUGGACAAAGUUGAAGAAAGCGACAAACAAAAAAAUAAACUGAGGCAAUUAGUACAGUCGGUGAUUCCUGACUUUGCUCCUCAGCACAGAGGAGUAAUAAUUGAUUAGUUACAAGAAUAAGUUAUAUUAUA